ACAAUCAAUGGUUAGAGGAUAGAGAGGCGUCGCUGGUUAAAGUCGGAUAAAGUAGUGAUGUGAAGAUAUGUACAACGCCAGUUUGCUCAGAGGAAAAAACGUAUAAAUGUGAAAUGUAGUGUAUUUGAUGUUUUAUGUCUGUAUUACAUGUUUUUUUGUAAUAUAAAUGGCUUUAGAUACAAAUUGGAUUGUCAGAAAAUUACGCUUUUGUAAUCUUAAAACUGACGGGCAUGAUAGUUUUUUUUUUUUUUUUGGAAAAAAUAAAAAUUGUUACAAAACUGAUCAAUGAUUGAUCUUCAGCUUGCAAAUGUAAUCUGUUUAAUUAUACAUUAUAUUGUAAAUAUGAAGGUGGCUCACCAUGACUGUAGCCAAAGCAAAUAGAAAGAUAAUGCGUGGUACCGAGAUUUCUUGGGCUAUAGACAUAAUUUAUAGCCAAGCCCGGGAUGUACAAAACAAUGAUGGAAACAUCGUGAUAUUCAAAAUGCUAACAAACAGAUAGUGACGACGUAUGUUUGAUUGUAAUCUACUUUUGGAUGUAAACUUGAUUCUUUAAAAGUGUGAAAAAGCAGCAAAAAUUUGAGAGAUGAAGCAUUCAGGCCUCCGUAUUUAUGAUCGACCUGUUAUUAACGGAUCAUCAGACAUUUCUCAGCGCCAGAGGAGUAUUAAUGAGAGAAGCAUUUACCUUCAGUUUCAUUAUUUACGGCGAAAACUACAUUUUUAAGGCUGUUAAAGCAGGCCGAGGAAGUGAGUUUUGUUAUUGGUGACUCGAAAAUAUUAAUCAAACCCAUAAAUUAACAUGUUUGUAACAUGGUAUAUGUAGUGAAUGGGAAACAGUACGUCUGUAGAUGGUUUGCACUUGAACAUCAGCACGUGGAUGAGUGCUUAUAUGCACAAUGCCCGUACGAAGCUUGCAGUAUAAUGUACACCUGUUUUUCUCAUGUGCAAUGGUUCACAAAGCAUCUAGAGAUUGCCACUCUGAAUUGCCUGUUAUUUUGAGAAAUUAAAUUGAAUGCUAUCUCCCGUAAAUUUCUUCAUCUGGCAUAAUUAUUUGCUGUCGAUGUGAUGUUGAUACAGUGUGUACCAAUCCUGCAUCAGCUGCACCAGUCUCCUGUAAUGUCAAUGAGAAUGACUUUUUCAAAAGAACCAGUGUUCAAAUUUAUACCCAAGUGCAUCAGUAUUAUUAAAUAGAAUAUAUCCUUAUUAAUCUUAAAUCAUUUAUAAACCACCCUCUUAAUCACUUCAAGAGUUGCAGAAUACUUGUUCUUUUGUAUAAUUUAUAAAUUUUAAACUGCUGGCACUGUAUAAAUAAUUUUAAGCCUGAAUUCUUAUUGGUGCGUGGGCAAUGAUGGUUGUCUUUCAUGCACCUAAAAUAAAACAAUGACAAAAGCUUUGAGUGUAUUCAGUGGUUGACGUUCAGACAUCGACUAAGCCUGUUUUCUGAGACACAUUGUACGUCCUGCUGUUCCUGUUCUCUUUUGGGGAAAUGAAUGUUCCUCUGACAGCUAAAGCUUCUGCCUUGUUCCUGUGUCUGUUAUAUUUCUUUUUUCCCCCCCAUUAAAUUCUUCUUUAGAGUUUCUUUUGUGUUCAUCAUUUGUUGUUGUCGUCGUCUUCCCCCCUCCCCCCUAAUAAGUCUGUGGAUGUUGCUCCAGUUCUUUGCUGCAUAGUUUCAUUUCCAUUUAAUGUCAACUAUUGCUCCCUGUUAAUCAUUACUAAUGAUCAGCUAAUUUCUCUUAUUAUCUCCAACUUCAUCUACACAGAAUCUAACACUUCAGUAUCUUUUAUGGGUAAUUUCCCUUUGAACUAUACUGAAUUCCUUAUGAUUAUUCCCAAGUACAGGACUUCGAGAUGAGAAAUAAACAAGCUUAAUUUGUACAUCCCAGCUGCCAUGUAAAUUACACUUAAUGAAUUUUCAAAGCUAUCUCUCUCUCUCUCUCUCUCUCUCUCUCUCUCCCUCUCUCUCUCUGACAGUAGUUGAAAUUCAUACAUUUUGAUGUUGUCCACUGGCUUUGUUGCUCUUCAAACACUUGCCAAAAAGCUAUUCUACUCUACCUGAAAAUAAUUCUUUUUUUAGGCUCAUUAUAUUUGUUACCCAUACAGAUCUGACUUGACAAAGUGAAGAGACAAUGUGAUUAAAAGGAAGACUAUUUUUAUAUAAAAAAAAGUUCUUGGAAUUUAUUACUUGCAAUGAAUGUGUAGAACUGGAAGUUUAAAUGAUAGAUUAGCUAUAUCGUUAUGGUUUGGUUGGUGUAGCCAGCUUCAUAUUUAUUAUGAAAAAAGACACCUUUUUCUGCGGAUCUCAUUAUGUAUUCUGAUUGAAAUACUGACAGAUAAAUUCUAAUGAAGCCAUUUAUAAUUUUUAGAUGUAAAUCUGUUUUAAAUAUAUUAGAGUAAAACAGCUUUGUGCAAACCAUGAGAUGACAGGAGGAGAACAGCAGCAGCAACAUUGUGAGAGCAGCCUUCUGGAUCCAGUUUUUCCAUCUGACUUAUGUACAGCACCAUCAGGGAAGAGGAAGAGGACCGCUCCAUCACUUCAUCAUGAAUCGUUUUCGUAGCUGGUGUCUCGUCGUUAGGGAAAGUGGUGCACAUGUUGGCAGUUUCAUAGCAUUGUAUUGGUGGUAUUUUUCAGUUCUGAAGAUACAUUUCUUAUUUUCCCUGAUACCAUAAUGGCUGCUUUGUGACUGAAGCCACUGAUUGCACUUAUUGUGGAACAUCCUAUUUUUCCUAAUUAUAAAACCUACUUUUGAACACAAACACCUAAGUGAGUUAUUACAUCCAUCAAGAAUGAAGUGAUACGUGAUUUUUGGUCUUUUGCUUUAUACAAAUUUGGCCUACACCUAACAUUACGUUGUCUCCCAUUUCCCAAUGGAUGUAAAGCAGUGCUUUAGACAUUUAACACAGAAAAACCAUUAUCCAAGCUCACACAAAACAGCUGAGAAAAAUAUUCAUAACAGCAAUUUUUUCCUAUCAGGAAAUGAAUGUCAUAAUGUCAGAUGACACGUGUGAGCCAGCUAUGCUUUAAAAGGCAUGUUUUGAUCUUCAGCAUAAAUGGGCAUGAGCCAUAUCCUUGUAAUAUAGUUGAGGGGGGGGGGGGGAUUUAAUGGGAGACAAAGAAAAAUAUACCGUAGGUCUCUAGAAGAGCGUAGCGUUCCAAAGGAUUGGAAAAGGGCACAGGUCAUCCCCGUUUUCAAGAAGGGACGUCGGACAGAUGUGCAGAACUAUCCGUAACGUCGAUCAGUUGUAGAAUUUUGGAACACGUAUUAUGUUCGAGUAUAAUGACUUCUCUGGAGACUAGGAUUGUAGUCUGUAGGAAUCAGCAUGGGUUUCGAAAAAGACGGUCAUGUGAAACCCAGCUCGCGCUAUUCGUCCACGAGUCUUAGAGGACCACAGACACGGGUUCACAGGUAGAUGCCGUGUUUCUUGACUUCUGCAAGGCGUUUGAUACAGGAAGAGCAUAUGGACUAUCAGACCAAUUGUGUGAUUGGAUUGAAGAGUUCCUAGAUAACAGAACGCAGCAUGUCAUUCUCAAUGGAGAGAACUCUUCCGAAGUAAGAGUGAUUUCAGGUGUGCCGCAGGGGAGUGUCAUAGGACCGUUGCUAUUUACAAUAUACAUAAACGACCUGGUGGAUGACAUCGGAAGUUCACUAAGGCUUUUUGCGGAUGGUGCUGUGGCGUAUCGAGAGGUUGUAACAAUGGAAAAUUGUACUGAAAUGCAGGAGGAUCAGCAGCGAAUUGACGCAUGGUGCAGGGAAUGGCAAUUGAAUCUCAAUGUAGACAAGUGUAAUGUGCUGCGAAUACAUAGAAACAUAGAUCCCUUAUCAUUUAGCUACAAAAUAGCUGGUCAGCAACUGGAAGCAGUUAAUUCCAUAAAUUAUCUGGGAGUAGGCAUUAGGAGUGAUUUAAAAUGGAAUGAGCAUAUAAAGCAGAUGCCAGACUGAGAUUCAUUGGAAGAAUCCUAAGGAAAUGCAAUCGGAAAACAAAGGAAGUAGGUUACAGUACGCUUGUUCGCCCACUGCUUGAAUACUGCUCAGGAGUGUGGGAUCCGUACCAGAUAGGGUUGAUAGAAGAGAUAGAGAAGAUCCAACGGAGAGCAGUGCUCUUCGUUACAGGAUCAUUUAGUAAUCACGAAAGCGUUACGGAGAUGAUAGAUAAAUUCCAGUGGAAGAUGCUCAGUAGCUCGGUACGGGCUUUUGUUAAAGUUUCGAGAACAUACCUUAACCGAAGAGUCGAGCAGUAUAUUGCUCCCUCCUACGUAUAUCUCGUGAAGAGACCAUGAGGAUAAAAUCAGAGAGAUUAGAGCCCACACAGAAUCAUACCGACAAUUCUUCUUUCCACAAACAAUACGGGACUGGAAUAGAAGGGUGAACCGAUAGAGGUACUCAGGGUACCCUCCGCCACACACCGUCAGGUGACUUGCAGAGAAUGGAUGUAGAUGUAGAUACACACUGGGCAAUAGGUGGAAUGAAGGCGUAAAUGGUCCAAAAAUUAUUGAUAUUUUCUUUCAGAUGCAUGAACUGACAAAUGUUCAAUUGCAAAAACAUUAAAUAUUGAGCUGCAUGUAUCACUUCAUUACAUCUUGUUUGUAAUUUUCUUACCUAAUGGCAAAAAGCUAUACGUAGGCUAAUCUCCAACUCUUAAUUUUUGUAGAGCCCUCCAGAUAUAUUCUGCCAAAUAUUUUUGUGGUGCGUUUAUUUCAGUAACUCACAGGCAGUGCAGUAACACACCAACACAGCCUACCUGAUCAGUUCAAGAUGUACAGCAGUACACUGGCGGACCUCAAACCCUACAAUAUUGUAUAGCAGUGUUUGUUGAAUAAUGGGAAUAAACGCCUUUCAGCUGGCCGUAUUGUAGGUGUUGAUGAUAGCCUUCCUUUUUGAGGGUAGGAGGUUUAACUGUUACAAGAUGUAUGCAAUUCAAAGGUAGUUUCUUGCUUUAUGAAGGUCUUAAAGAUAUGCAGUUAUUUUAUUACAUUUAUCUGGAAACAUGGCCAAAAAGGAGAAAAGUUAAAAGCUAAAGGAAGUUUUACUUACUUGUGAUUCUUUAUUCCAUAUCUCACUUUCUGCUGAAUGACAGUCAUUUCUUCUAUUUUUGUGAUGCUCACAUAGCUGUAGCUUUGGCAGUGUAAGAAGUCACACUGAAUCACCAAAUCUGGGUCCUAGAGCAUUUUAAAUUAUGUGACACAUCAGUCUUUAUAGACUGCGAGAGCACAUCUGACCUAGCAGUGUUUAGAUGACUCAUGAGCACAUAUGCAAACAAUAUGUUUGUCCAACCAUUACGAAAUAUAAAUCUGUCAAGACAUGUUUCAGCUGAACUUUGCCUUCUGCUACAGUGUAUAUCUUGUUGUUUCAUUUAGUUCUUUGUAGGAUAAACCUUCGUUCAUAUUUGUGUGCUUGCCGUAUCUUCUUGUACCUCUCCUUCUUAUUGCAAUUAUUUUUCCUUCAAUGAUAAUUUCUCUGAAGAAUCUGUAUUACACAAUAAAUUAUGAACUCUUGAAAUAUUUGUCAGUUAAUAACUUAGAAAAUUGUCAAGGAGCUUUUGUUCUGCUAUUGACAACUAAUAUUGUUUCAAAUUCUCCUCAUUUGUGUGCAAUUGUGUGGCUAAUCAUGAUUAAGUUGACAGUGGUUUUAUUCAAUUGUUGCCAAGUGGUAACACAACAAGAAUAAGGAUUGUAAUGCUAUGUAGUGGAUUGUCAGUAACAAAUAAGAAUUUUUCCAGAGAGAAGUGACACUGCUAAAAACUUAGAGCAAUGUGCACUGCAACGACAACCUGCAUUACAAAGAACUACAGGUGGGAGCAGCUAAAGUUGUGGGUAGUGAGGCAAGUCAUUGCUUUCUGUACUGGCUCAAUUUAGCUCAGUUUGUCAGCCAGUAAAAAUCAGAUACAUGUGUUUUAGUUUCUUUUGUACUUUGCGUGCUUUGCUUUUCAGCUUUUCAGUUCCAUUGUUGACAUGAUCAAACUGUGCAAGUAGGAGCUGAUUGAAUGAAUGUAACCGUGUAAUCCACAUCAAUGUUAAAUGUUUGUUGGGUAGUUGUUGUUUGUGUAUGGUGCUAUUUGGGUGGCAGCCACAGAGAAAUCUCUCUGUGACGAGAAUGUGUUAAAAGUUGAGGUAAAAACAUGGUGUGCUGUGGAAUUAUUAUUACCAUCCUGAUCACAAAUUUAUCUUCUCCACAGUCAACAAUAUGUUUAGUAAACAUCCAUUUCCUCAACUCUUGUAGUGUAGAUUGGGAAUCAGGUCCAUUUUUUUUUUCAACAAAAAAUGAAGUAUUUGCAGAUUUCUUGGUCAACAGCCAUGCAUGAAAGAGAGCAGUCACAGUGUUACAUUCUGCACAGUGAAGUUAUGUGAGAUUUGAGGAGUUGUAAAAUACCAUUAAUACUUUGUUGUUGUUGCCAACAGUUACAUGCAAACUUUCCCUAAGGCACCAGUGAAAUUUCGGUGCGAAAAAAAACGGUCGCGGCGCGUUCUCCGAAUUGUCUGAGUGGCUGGCCUCCGCCGUGGCCCCACUCAUUUCUCAUCCACAGUUCUAUGAGGACCUGGAUGAUUGAUACGGUAUUCCGCUGUUUCGCGGUUGCUGGGUUCCAGCACAAGCGGUUGCUGGUCGGCCGUGUUCGGGAUACAGAGCUCCGUGCUCUGCAGCCUCGGUGUGUGCAACUAUUUGUGCACAGACGAGAUCGGAAUACGUAACGAACCGCGUGUUAUUUUGUUUACUAGCAAAUCGCUGACAGUCAUUUGAAAAGCGAAGUGGUCAAUUCGACAGCAGACACCAGUAUGGAGGUUUUAGUGGUUUUCUGCCCCUCAGGAUUUCCAGAAUCUGAAACUUUGACGUUUGCUGUGCGCUGUAAUUCUCAGGACAGUAACCAUCCAUUUCAGAAAUGUCGUGGGAUUCUUCGAGGCGGCGCAGGAGCCGAAGUGUACAUGGAAGCUCCUCAUCACGUCUCCGUAUGGACUCUUAUAGCUCUUCGAGUCGAAGUAAUCGUGCCAGAGCAUCAACUCCGAGAAAGAGAGAACUGGACAAAGUAAUGAAGAAAGCUCGCCGUGAUGGACCAAAUCAGAGCAGUUACUGGAAUAAGAAAUUGCUUGAAGUUGAAGAAAAGGAUCCAAACAGAUGGCGACAUAGUGGAUUCAAGGAGCUGUACGGUGGUGGAAGUUCUCCACAUGGUAGUACUAAAAGGUCUCGUUCACGGUCUCGUACACGUUCACCACGUCGACCUCGAAGUCGGAGCAGAGACCGGCGAGCUCCCAGUGGAGGGCGAGCGAGAUCUCCUCUGCCGCCCGUGUCACGUCUCCGAUCGAGAUCGCGUUCACGUUCUCGUGACCGCUCUCGUCGUCCCCACACUCCCCCACCGUCUUCAUCACAAAGGCUGAGGAGUAGUUCUGCUCGCCGAACCUCACCACCAAGGAGAGCACGUAGUCCAAAACCUACGUCGGUGUCACCUAGCUCCCGAUCUGUUUCCAGCUGUUCUGAUGAAUCUUGUUCAGUAUGCUCUCCAAAGUCUCGCAAACGUCCAGCUGCACCACGAGGACCACCAACACCCAGGUCGAGAUCACGUUCAUUUUCUGUGCCACGGAAUAGACCUGCUCGAUCCCCUCCACCAAGGCGUCUCGGACGUGAAAGGUCCGGACCACCGGUGGAUCCGCGUGGACCGCCGCCUAGUCCUCCUCCUAUUGUGCGCAAAACGUUGAAGGAGAGGAAGAAAGAACGAGAGAGAGCUAAAAGUGGCAGUUCCAAGAAACGAAAGAGCAGCACAAAAGAUCGAAGUAAGCGACGUCGCUCAGGCACCAAGACUGAGGAACGAGGGAGAAGCUUGAGUCCAUUAGGACCCAGACGCCGCCCACUUCCUGGUGGUGGUGCAUCAUCACCUGCACCGUCGUGCCACUCGGAUGACAGUUCUGCUGCUUCGUCGGGCAGCUCUGGUGGUGCGGAAGCACCUCGUCUCACCCUCUCCGAACGAUUUGGCAAAAUGGCGCAAUGGUCUGUUGACCGAAGAGAUCUGGACGGUGUUCGAAAUAUGCGCAUCACUAAGGACGCCGCGGGACAAGAUCUCAAGGUGGUGAUAGAGGGUGAGAGGUAUCGCACUGCCAGUGGGGCUCCCCUGAGCCCGUCAGAGGAGUACUUCAUGCCAGCACCCUCGUCGCUGGCAGACCUCGCAUGGGAUGAUGUGCGAGUGCGCUACAAGUACUACAAAGAGCGCGGGUACCUGCGGGACUUGUCUCUCGACGAUUACAUAAAAUGGGAGGAAUGGUGGUACAAGUAUCAGGAAUGGCUUGAAGCAGAACGCUAUUAUGAACAUUGGGCAGCUCUCGAAGCAUCUCGUAGCCGCAAAGGGUGGGGUGGUGGCAGCAGCAGUUCUAGGAAACGCCGUCGCUUGUAAUUACAUGUUUCCCUUGGCUCAGGGUGUUCUUUGCCAAGUGAGGAGAGUGCCAGUCUUUUGGAGGUUUCUGACAGUUUUGCGCUGCUUUGGAUGGGAUACUGCCCUUCUGUACAGCACUCGCUGGUAGAAAAUAGUUUUAGGAUUCCUGGAAUUGUAUAAGGGUUGUGUGCAUUGUACAGUAUUGAAAGCGAAAGCUGAAGUGUGUAAUGAAUACUAAACCGUAGAUUUUUAUUUAUGUAUUGGUGUCUGACUAAUCGUGGAAAGAAUUUUUUAGUAGAGUCAUUCCUGCAAAUAUUGCUGAGCUCUUGUCUAUUUGCUUGCUCUAAAUUAUGUAUCAGUAUUUACAUAGAAGAAAAUGUUAAAAUCCAAUGUGCUGUCCACUAUGGACAUUUUUAAUAUUGUCUUUGGCUGGAGAUUCUUUGCAUCUGUAAUAUUUCUCUUGUCUGUCAGUCUUUAUUUGUGUGUACUUAAGAUAAAAUCAGUGUCAUUCUAUGAUCUCUUUAACUGAACAAUAUGGGAAACAAAAACCUAUCAAACAGCAUUUGCAAAAGAUAAACUAUGUAAAAAUGAUCACUCCCUACUCCCAGCCUUGCCAGUUCCAUCACAUGCCAACAUAUGUAUUUUAAUAUUUUGUUGUAGUACUCCAGAUAACUAUAUAUAUAAAUAGUCAGCUUAUUGCCCACCCCGUCAUCUAGAAAGUGAUAGAUUCACUUUGAUACAUAAGAGGGACAGUUGAUCAUUGAUGAAUACACGUAUGUAUAUAAAUGACUACAACCAUCUUCAAGCAUUGUUUGUUUCACCACAUCUGUCUCCCAGUUACAAGAUACAGAGCUUAAUAAAUUGAGGCUAGAGGGUUCAUUCUGAUUUCUAAUGUAAUUUUGUUCCACACAGAAAAUAUCUGAAACUUUUGUAAAAUUUCAAGUCCACACAUGGGAACCUUCCAAUACUAGGAUGUCAUGUAGCAGAAUAUUUGAUUUGUGAAAGGCAGUGAGGAAACUGAGCGUACUACUGACACUAAAGGUUUUGGAAUGGUAAUGUCUUCAGGGUUGGGAAUGCAACGGUGGCAAUAAAAAUUUUUGGAAAGUGAAUUGGAAAUUGGGAAAUAUAAUGUAACACUCUACAAAGAAAAACAGAAGCCAAGUAAAAAAGUUAGAAAUCAAGGUGAAAGGUAAAAACAAAAUCAUCUACUAUUCUAUUUAACAUAGAAUUUGAAAAACAUAGAGAAUCAAAUGUGGAACAGGGAAAGACAAAUAAAAACCCCUGAAGUCUCAAGUGUAUUUAAACUUUUCCGUUUAAAGAAAGAUUGUAGGGAAGUAGGGGAAAUUCUAUAGUUGUAAGCCAAGUGAAUAAAAAGGUUCAUGACUGCACUAGUUGUGGCUUGGAGGAUGUUUUUAUUGGUGACAAUUCAGGUUGUGAAAAGAAAGUUAUGCGUUGAAUGGUGGUCCUCAGGUAUCUGACUUAUUCUGAAUCAAAACUAUUUCAUUUUACAAGUUACCGUACAAGGUCGAUGUAAUCACUCUAUCGCACAACUAGAAAGGGUAGUUGAAGAUAAUUUUCGCUCUCAACAAUUUUAAUAUCCAAGCAUAUGUUCUCAGCCAAGAUUUCAAACAACAAUCAUAAAAUGGCUUGUUGUAAUACUAAAUGUUAAAGUAGUUGUCUGCAAUAACUUUUUUAUGCCCAACAAAAUUGUGCAUGCAAACACCAACUGUCUAAAGUUUUUGAAUUAUUCUUCAUUUGCUUUAUAAGUUUGUCCUGUGCUCUAUUCUUCUGCAGGUUAUUGUGCAGAAGUUAUUCUACUAAGUAAUUUGAACAUGUUCUCUCUUGCUUUUCCAGUGAUUCUACAAGGCAACUCAAUUGAUCUUUUGCUUGUAAUUCCACUGAAACCAGAUUGUUUCACUUGUGGUUCAUCAGUAAUUUUUAGCAUAUUUCUGUGUACUCUCUCUCUCUCUCUCUCUCUCUCUCUCUCUCUGUCUGUCUCUCGUACCUUAUACAAUCUUCGUCCGAGGCAUUUUUGAAUGAUUUAUGAACAGAAUGUCUCACAGAUAAGGACUGUACAAUAUAAUUCUGUAAUAUGUGACACUAAAAAUGAAAGAAAUAUGUGCAGAAACAGUGGCUUGUGGGGACACUCUUCAGGUAGCCUGCAAGUCCACCAUAUUGGUUACACUUCAUAUUUAUGUAUAUUUAUGGACCAGAAAAACACAAUACUCAUUGUAGAGGUAGUGUGUGUUAAGAAAACCAUUAUUGCAUUAUUAUUCAUAAAAUAAUUGAUUACUGUACCACUCGUCAGAGCACAAGUAAUUCAUUGUAGUAAUGGCACCAAUGACAAAAUAUAAAGGUAUACGCAGUAUUGUACAUAAUUCAGUUUCCUUUUUGUGUCCUGUAUGAUGUCAUUGUUGUUAGAUGUUUUUCAUGUCUUUUGCACAAAAUUUACAUUUUGUAGUUUGGCACAUAAAUUAUAACUGUUCCAAAUAUCGUGCUAGUCCCUUCUAGGUCUUUUUUUGUAGUGCUGUGUAAAAGAACACACUUUGCACAGUAUACUAAUGAAUUAUGUAUAUUCACAAAUGACACACUGUUAACUUUUUAGUUAUCUUAAGUGUCGCAAAUUUUCUCCAAUAUGGCUUUCUUACCUCAUUCUAUCCCUAAAAUGUGAGUUGCAUGACCCAAUGUGCUCUUCGACUUCAGUGAAUUACUUUAUAGUGGAGACAAACACAUAGAAUUAUGCCAAGCUGCUGCUUUUCCUCAACCCCCUUUUGUACGUUUGUAUUCCUCUUGGUAAUACCAUAACUGUCACUGAGCAGUCCUCAGGUGUGAAACAUUAACUAUAGUUGCAGUUCUUUUAUUUAUCUUCUUUUGAACAGUUGUACAAUGAUCCCAUUUGGCAUUUCAUUUAUCUUUUCUAACUGUCUAGAGUGUGUCAUGCACUCUAAAGGACUUCACUCUUUCUGACACACUGUGUAUUUUUAUAUGCCCAGAAGGCUCACUUCAGCAAGAAGAUGGAGAUAAAAAUAUUCUUUUCACCUUUUUUAAUGUAUCAGGUACAUUAUAUUACUUUUUUUUGCAUAUGUUCUCAUUCUUUCCCAAUAUUUUAGUUUGUCUUUGUGGCAAUGUGCAAAUUUACUUGCAUUCAGGAGAUAAUGCUUUGGACAGCAGUAGCUCACAAAAUAAACAGCAGAUAUUAGUAUUUCAGAGAUAGGAAUGCUUAGCUAAAGGAACAAAUAAGGAAAUGUGAUGUAGGCACAAAAGAGCAGUAGUGUAACUAAAUUUACUUUGUUUUUAAAGAUCUUAUCUUUUUAUCUGUCAACUCAGCCUUAUAAAUGUGCUCAUUCUGUUAAUGUUUCCCUGCUGGACGAUAGUAUUAAAGGAAAUUAGGUUCCCAUAAUUUUACAUUUGUUAGAAUCAACUAAAAUGCAUUAUUUCAAAUUUGUAGUGAGCAAAGGCAUGGCAUGUGUAGUAAGGUUAUUUAUGGUCAUUUUACAUUCCAGUUAUGUUUUUCACAGUGUCAAUUAUCUUUUGCGUCAUUGCUUAAAUAACCACCACUUUUUUGUGUACUUUGUAAAAAGAUCUGUAUAUGCAACUACAUUUCCUUACUCAUUGUGUCACUUUUCUUUGCCAAGUGUUAAUUUUGUUUAACAUGUUUUUCUGGUUGUUUUAUGUUCAUUUUCUGUGUAUUUUAUAUUAAAUAUAUGCCCCUUUCUUUUUUCUCAUCCCUAUGUUCCUCCUCAUACAUUGAUUUACUCAAGUUACAUGUAUCAUUUUCAGUAUUUGCUUCAUUUUCAUAUGCAAGGAUUUUUGUGAGAAUUUUCCUAGAUUAUUAUCUUUGGAAUAAUACAUAUUGCAUAAUAGUGCAACUGUUUUAUCUCAGGCUGACUUUCUCUUUUAGUAUGUUGCAGUUGUUGUAAAUGUUUGUUUUGUAUUUAUGUAUACAUGAAUUGCUUGUGAAGCCUGUUUUAGCAAUUUAUUAAUGUAUACUUUCAUACAAUUCUUGAUAGUAACAAAAUUGUUGCAUUUGAGGUUUGUCUAAAUGCUUUACUGGAAAAUGAAGGUAUCACUUCUCAAGAUUUUCCUUGCACAUGUAUUUUCAAACUAACAGUAUAGACAGAAAUGUACCAGAAAAUUAAAUAGGAAAAUAUUCAUACAGUUUCAAGUGAAAUGUGGAACCGAUAAUUACUGUCAGUCACAUUGUAAGAAAUCAGAUGUACUUUUCAUGAGCAAGUUAACAUCAUGAUCAUAUCCAAUAAUGCCACAAGAAAUGUUAUUUUCAUUUGCAUGUAAUUGUUGUGACCCUAUUGUGUACAGAGAUUUAUAUUUUUAGCUUGAAACGUUUUCUUGCCUCUACAUUUGAUCAGUAUUGCACAUUUGUCUUGUUAGGGUUUUGAGAACAUAGUCUUAUAAGUAAAGUUUAAAAUUAAUGCCUUUAUUUGGUUUCAUGGGAAACAAUUUUCUGAUAAAUUAUAUACAUUUUUUAACACUAGGUACCAAAUUAGUGCAUAUUCAGUGAAGAUGGGAAUGUAAUUGGAAGUCUCUUUCAAGCAGCACUGAAAUUUAUUGAACAAUCAAGGAUUAGCAUGUUUUUUUUUUCGUAUUAGACUAAUUUUCAGAAUUAAUUUUUGGGUUGAUUAUAACUUUGUUCUGUAACUACCAAUAUUAGUUAUAGUAGCAGUGGUUGUUACAUGUCAUGAUCAUGAAAAAAUUGUGCCAACAACUUCCUUUUCCUUGUGUAUAGACAUUGUGUUUAGUUAUGUGCACAAAUAUUUCAGUUUGUGCAUUUGCGGAAAUGAAUCUCUUUACAAAAAAAAAAAAAAAAAAAAAAAAAAAAAAAAAAAAAAAAAAAAAAAAAAAAAAAAAGACAGGUGGCAGCAAUAGAUGUUGGCUGUCUGAUUUUAUUAAAUUACUUGAUAGUUUUAUUGUGUCAGAAUGUUUACUGAAUGUCUUUAGAUUUAUGUACUUUGUUUAGUGUUUUAACGACACGUUGGAGAUUUUUAAUGAUUUAUGAAUAAUAUAAUGUUGUGUUUAAGAUGCUGAAGAGCAGCUAUUUCCUGUAUUUGAUCACAUGCAAAUGUAUAUAAAUUAUUAUAAACUAAAAAAUAAAAAUAUCUCAUAUUCUAGAUUCAGUUGUAAAUACAAUUCAAUUAAAUAAAUAUAGAAAACUUGCUGUUUAA